GUGAAGGUCGCCAGAGGCGCUGUUUCUCUUGAUCAAGCAUGGUUUAAUCAUCGCGAGCUCGAAGUUUCUCCUCCGCAACUCGUCCACCGCGUAGCGAAAGAAAAAAAAAAAUUCCCCCGCUGAGAGCGCCAACAACGACUCCGGAACAUGUAAGCCGCAAAGCGCCUGCCAUAAACACGCACUCACACUGCCAUGCAGUCGGUGUUGAUGUAUGGACGUAUCCUCACGCGGGCCCUAGCGAACAGUGUUUUUAGCUACUCGACAUGCGCGACGAGCUCCGACGCAAAGUACGCCUGGGCCAAAGGCGAUCUCGGACUCCAAACAGUCACCUGCGGUUUCCCCAAGGAGAGAAAUCGCUUCUCCAUAGGUCUCGGAAGGGGCCAGUUUGGAGACGAUGCCUGCUUCGCAGCGAAGUACAAGUCCUUCGAUGUCCUAGGCGUAGCGGACGGGGUCGGCGGCUGGCGGACGUACGGCGUAGACCCGUCUCUCUUCUCGACGGCGUUGAUGCGCAACUGCGAACGUGUCGUCCACUCCGGUAGGUUCAAGCCCAACUCGCCGGCGAGUAUCAUCGCGUCGAGCUACUACGAGCUCUUGGAGAACAAGAGGCACAUUAUUGGGAGUAGCACGGCAUGUGUGCUGGUGCUGAACUGCGUGGAGCGCAUCCUGUACUCUGCCAACCUCGGUGACAGUGGGUUCCUGGUUGUGCGGCGAGGACAGGUGGUGCACCGGUCACAGGAGCAGCAGCACUACUUCAACACGCCCUUCCAGCUGUGCUUGCCUCCACCAGGCGUCAGCCAGUUUGUUCUCAGCGACAGCCCUGAGUCGGCAGAUACAGCUUCCUUUCCCGUCCAAGAAGGGGACCUGAUUUUGAUGGCUACCGACGGCCUCUUCGACAACUUGCCGGAGAACAUGAUAGUCAACGAGCUUGCACAACUUAGGGACACAAGCUUUGACAGCAUUCAGCAGACGGUAAACUCUCUAGCCUUGCAGGCCAGGCGGCUUGCGUUCGACGAGGCCCACCUGUCUCCGUUUUCGCUUCGGGCGCGUGACAAUGGCAUCGAUACCAUCGGAGGAAAACCGGAUGAUAUAACAAUUUUGUUAGCAUCUGUGACUUCUAAGCAAGGCCACAGCAGGGAGACGCUGAAGACAAACGUAGCACGCAACACAUCUCUCGACCACGGAUAACCUGUACCCCCACCCACUUUGCAUCUUUCUUGUAUUGUGGACUGUGCGGCAUCCAAAAGUCAACCCUGGUAGAGGAGGUGGUUGUGCCUGAGGUGACUACAGUCAAGAACUUAGUCUAGACAAGAGCUACAGCUGCGUCGCCAUUUUCGCGGCCGUAUGUGUAAAUAAGUUUUAAUUUGAAUAAGCAAGUGAAUAAAAGUGCUGAUUUAGGAGCCUCUCAGCGGUGGCGAA